AUGUGCUUUUGGUGCAAGCAACCAGAUCAUUUUGCAUCUCAAUGUGCCGGCCCUCAACUCCAAACUUCAACUUCUUCAUAUACUAGAUCACAACAACAAAGUUCCUCUCUAAACCAUUCCUUAGACAGCAAUAAUGUAGGUGAGUCUAUAUCAAAUACUACUAACCCUGAAAUGAUAUGUGAACAAACACCAAUUACCCCUACAUUUAAUGAGCCCAAUCCCGACAUGCCCGCUUCUUUUGAAUUUCAAAUAACUCCGGUAUCUAAACCUACGACCUCCAAACGAAAUUUAUCUGAAAUAGCAAUACCUAGCCCAGAAGAUAAACCAGAUAUUACUAAUUCCUCAGAGCCAAAAUCUUACUUUACAACACCUGUUCCAAAAGUUCCAAAGAAAAACUUGAAAUCGAAAGAUAAACCCUCAUUAGAAUUCCGAGAAUUGCCCCAAAAGAUAACCAAUUUCAUUGACAAUCACAAUCCCAAAAUCCCACUCGAUAGUCAACAAGUCACUGAUCUGUUAGAGAGCACUCACCAUAGUAAUGAUGCAUUAAGCAUUGCUAAAGAUUAUACCCUACAUAUUACAUCUCUUAUAGAAAUGAUAAAUGUAAUACAUACCCAGGCUGAAGAUCGAAAUAUGAAAAUUAAAUGUACUAGACUAAGCAAAAAAUUAACUAAACAACUUCUCGAACACGUUGGUUCAUCUGACUUAGAUAACGAUAUAUCUCAAAACUAA